AUGUGGCAGCUUUUAGCAGCAGCCUACUGGAUGCUUCUUCUUGGACCUAUACAUGGUUAUCACAAGAAAGGAGGCAUCACAAAUCCUGAGGCUACUAUGAAUAUUAGCCAGAUUAUUUCCUACUGGGGUUAUCCUUAUGAAGAGUAUGACGUUGUGACCAAGGAUGGUUACGUCCUCGGAAUUUACAGGAUUCCCCACGGAAGAGGAUGUCCAAGAAAAACUCCAAAGCCUGUCGUGUAUUUGCAACACGGGUUAAUUGCUUCUGCCAGUAACUGGAUUUGCAACCUUCCGAACAACAGCUUGGCUUUCCUUCUGGCAGACAUCGGUUAUGACGUGUGGCUGGGGAACAGCCGGGGAAACACCUGGUCCAGAAAACACUUGAAAUUUUCACCCAAAUCACGAGAAUUCUGGGCCUUCAGUUUGGAUGAGAUGGCUAACUACGACCUUCCAGCCACAAUCAAUUUUAUUGCAGAGAAAACGGGACAAGAGCGACUCUACUACGUGGGCCACUCCCAAGGCACCACCAUCGCUUUCAUAGCAUUCUCUACAAAUCCAGAGCUGGCUAAAAGGAUUAAGAUAUUUUUCGCAUUGGCUCCAGUCAUCACGGUGAAAUACACCCAAAGUCCUAUGAAAAAAUUAACAACUCUUUCCAGAAAAGUAGUCAAGGCGUUAUUUGGUGACAAGAUGUUCUACCCUCAUACCUUUUUUGACCAAUUCAUUGCCACCAAGGUAUGCAACCGGAAGCUAUUCCGUCAUCUCUGCAGCAACUUCCUGUUUACUUUGAGUGGAUUUGACCCAAAAAACUUAAACAUGAGUCGCUUGGAUGUUUAUUUGGCACAGAGCUCUGCGGGAACAUCUGUGCAGACCAUGCUGCACUGGGCCCAGGCUGCUAAUUCCGGUCUGUUCCAAGCUUUUGACUGGGGAAACCCUGAUGAGAACAUGAUGCACUUUCACCAGCUCACACCUCCCUUGUACAACGUGACCAAGAUGCGAGUGCCCACAGCUGUGUGGAGCGGAGGACACGACCGUGUGGCUGACCUCAAGGACGUUGAGAAUUUACUGCCCCAAAUUCCCAGGCUUAUUUACUAUAAGUUGAUUCCACACUACAAUCAUGUGGAUUUUUACCUCGGACAGGACGCACCGUGGGAAAUUUACCAAGACCUUAUUAGACUGAUGGACGGAUGUUUGCAAAAUUAAAUAGCUUCCCUUUCUCUAAGCAAGUGGAUUCUUAAAAUAAUACUGUGGUGCCCAGACCCUAAGGUGACCGCUCCAAUGAUUUUUGCCUCCUAGUGCCCGUGUGUUGGUGUAACCCUCUCCCCUUGAGUGUGGGACGCCCUUGAGACUUGGUUCUGGCCAACAGAAUUGGCAAAGGUAAUGCUGUCACACCCUUGUUUGGAUCAUGUUUGUGGCAAAGGACGUCAACUCCUGAUUGCGUCAUAUUAUAGGAGAAUCCAUCAGGCAGACUGGAGAAGAGAUCUCCCUUGUUGGUUUGAUGAAGAGGACAGAUAUGUGGAGGAAGCCUACAUGACCUCUAGGAUCUGUGCCUAUAGCAGAUAACCAGCAAACAACCAGAUUCUCAAUCAUACAGCUGUGAGAUCAAUUACAUCUACAUCCUGGAUGAACUCAAAAGCCCACGAAUCCCCCAGUAAAUCUUCCAGUUGAGAAAGAAGGCUGGCCACCCCUCAUUUGCAGCCCCGGGAGACACCCUGAGCUGCAGGGGACUAGCUGUGCCAUACCCAGACCCAC